UCAAGUACUAAGGUUCAAAUUAAUAUAUUUCAUUCAACUUAGGAAAAAUGAUGAACUCAACUUAUGUUGAACAAAAAUCAUCCACACAAAAGGGAAGCAUUAAGAGAGGAGUUUCUAUAAUUGAUUUCAUUUUAAGGUUGAUUGCAAUUGGAGCCACUUUAGGAAGUGCAAUUGCAAUGGGAACUACUAAUGAGUCACUUCCCUUUUUCACUCAGUUCAUUAGGUUUAGGGCCAAGUAUGAUGAUCUUCCAACCCUGAGGUUUUUUGUAGCUGCUAGUGCUAUUGCUAGUGGCUACUUGAUGCUUUCUCUACCUUUGUCCAUCUUGCAUAUCAUAAGGAGCAGUGCAAGAAUGACUAGGGUCAUAUUGAUUAUUUUGGACACGAUAAUGCUAGCUUCAUUGACAGCUGGAUCUUCAGCAGCAGCAUCUAUUGUUUAUUUAGCACACAAAGGAAAUGCCAAAGCAAAUUGGUUUGCUUUCUGUCAGCAAUACAACUCUUUCUGUGACAGAAUUUCUGGUUCAAUGAUUGGAUCCUUCAUUGCAAUUCCUCUCUUCAUAAUCCUAAUCCUUCUGUCAGCUCUUGUUCUAUCAAGACGUUAAACCAAUCUAGUUACAUGCAAUGCAUGCCUAUUUGUAAUCAUUGAAGAAAAGUGAGUGUGUGUGAGAGAGAUAUCUAAUGUGUCAUGUUCAUGUUUAC